AAAGGCAGCGUGCAUCAGAGGCAGAGCUGAGUUUUAGAAGCUGAGAAACUAGACAGAGCAGAGUCUGAUCACUAUUGCCAGACCCGUUCUAAUCCUACAGGGAACAGUUCCUGGGACUUUUGGUUUUUAUACCCCUAUUAAUCGAGGCAAUUCUUUUAAAAAGUCAUGUCUCUUGAGGUGAAGGAGAAGACUCAGGUGCGCCUUGUGUUCCUGGGUGCAGCAGGAGUGGGCAAGACUGCCUUGAUCCUCCGCUUCCUGCAAGACACAUUUGAAGCCAAACACCGGCGCACCGUGGAGGAGCUACACAGCAAAGUAUACGACAUCGGUGGCGUCAAGGUCACCGUGGAGAUCCUAGACACCAGCGGCAGCUAUUCCUUCCCGGCCAUGCGCAAGCUCUCCAUCCAAAACAGCGACGCCUUCGCGCUGGUGUACGCCGUGGACGACCCGGAGUCGCUGGAGGCCGUGAAAAGUCUGCGAGAUGAGAUCCUGGAAAUCAAGGAGGACAAAUACACACCGAUUGUGGUGGUGGGCAACAAGGCGGACCGGGAAGACGAGCGGCAAGUGUCGAGCGAGGACGUGCUGUCGACCGUGAAGAUGGACUGGAACAACAGCUACCUGGAAGCUUCGGCGAAGGAGAACGCCAACGUGGUGGAGGUGUUCAAGGAGCUCCUGCGACAAGCCAACCUGCCGAGCCACCUCAGCCCGGCGCUGCGCAGGCGCAGGGAGACCUUCCCAAAAGAUAUCAACUUCAGGCCGCCCAUGAACAAAACCAACAGCUGUAUUCUGUCGUAACAGGAGAGAGGAGCAAGAGGUGGCGGAUGUGUGGUCUAAUGGACAGAAAGCACGAAGAGUCGGUGAAAAGACGCUCCAGUUCACAACACUGAAGAUCCUGAAGCGGAAGAUGAUACAGGCUGAACUGACAUUAACCAUGUCUACGUUAAAGCCUUGAUUAUUGUUGUUUACGUGAUGUUGUUGCUGCUUAUUUGGUGACAUGCUGCUGGUGUUAGAUCAUUGCUUAACUAUUGUGAUUUUAAGAUGUUUGGACUUAACUGAUUCAGCAAAAGAAAAGUAUGUAUACAUGUGUCGUGC